AUGGCGCCAAGCGGGCUUGAUGGGUGGCGAUUGCCAGCCUAUGAGCCGCUACACAAUGAGCUUGAGCCACACGAGACUGAACAGGCGAUGUCCUCAUCUGCCGUAAUCAGGGAGGAGACCGGAGAGCUCGACGACCACGAAGAGACGAGGCCAGGCAAUAUUUCACAGUCUUCAAACUCUUCCAGCAGGGAUGAAGCAUCGUGCUCUGGAUCAACUUCGGAUACGGCGAUCAUGCGAGGCUCAGCUGAGGACAAACCUCCGGAGUCCAAUGUCAGCGCACCAGAGCCAAAAGAUGCUUCAGACCGGUUUACCCUUGAAUUGGCUGGGGUCGUCGUCUCAGCCGGUCUACUUGCUACGAUGCUGGCCCUCCUGAGUGUUUACGAUCACCACCCCCAACCGAGCUGGCCGCAUAUCUCGUUGAACGCGGUCAUCUCUACCCUCAGUACUCUCUCCAAAGCGAGUCUUAUAUUCUCCCUGGGUGAGUCAUUGGGACAAUUGAAGUGGGUGUGGUUUAGUCAACAAAAGAGACCACUACUUCACCUGCGAUUGUUCGAUUCGGCCAGUCGGGGAGCUUGGGGGAGUUUAAGACUAGUUUGGCACCAACGUGCCCAACAUUUCGCAGGGUUAGGUGCUGUUGUUAUGAUUUUAGCCUUGGCAUUUGACCCAUUCUCGCAGAACCUCAUACACAACUACGUUAAAAUGGUAGCAGAUCCAUCAGGGACGGCACGGAUCGGAACUGUCUCGUUAUACAAUACUAUCGGGUCCGAUAUGGCGCCUAGUUUCCCUGAGGUUGACCCUGCACUGAAGGGAAAUGUUUACAAUUCGCUUUUCAAUAACGAUCAAAGCCGACCUUGGGAGAUCCCAAAGUUUGUCUGCACGUCCAGUAACUGUACCUGGGAUGAACCCGUGGCGUCCCUGGAAUUCCGGACUCUUUGCACCAACGUCACCAGCGCUCUGAUACCCAACUGCACGAAUUUUCCCGCUAACUCAUCCUACGCCGGUCAGACAAACUGCACUUUUACCCUUCCCAAAUCCAGCACCUCCGCCUGGUAUCUCCCAGAUUUCCCCUUGAUGACCCCAUUCUCGGUUGCCGAAGUGGCGCCCACCGACGCGGAGGUGUAUACAAAUGCCAGCCUGAUCGUGAUCCAGCAUAUAGCUCCACAGCACGCGAAUGUUAGCCUCUUCGAGGGCGGAAUCUUCCCGAAUGGGACUCUGUGGGAGGCGACAGAAUGUCUUCUGGAUCCUAUCGUGCGCAGCUUCCGCCCAGCCGUCCAUCAAAACGCCUACAGUGAGGAGACACUUGCCAUCUGGACGCAGAGCAACUUUGUCACUGGCGACGAUGCCAACGUCACUGAUGGAAAUACGCUUACGCCUCCGGACUCUUGGGUGGCCGACUACGGCGUCCCUGUGAAUCAAAGCAGCCCGCAGAACAACAGCGCCCAGUCCUAUGUGCUCGGUUUUGUCGCCGGCAAAGCAAUUGAGAUAUUUUUUCAAGCCAUCUUAUCCGGCCAGUCGAGCCGCGGCAUCCUACACACAGUGUUUACCCCUGCAUCUAUUAACUAUGCUGCGUCCGAUGCCCUCGAGGCGCUGGGGUGGGGCAAUAUCACCGGGUGCAGCGAUCUCCUCGCCGACCGACUCCCCCGUGCUAUGGGCAAUGUGGCCGCGGCGAUGACCAAGACCCUACGCGACUCGGCGUACAUCGCUGGCCCCCGGUCGACCUCGGGCUGGGCCGUGGGCAACGCGAUGGUGCCCGCGGUUUAUAUCGCCACCCAGCGCGCGCGAGCGCCUGCUUGGAGGAAUGAUACACUGCCCUUGCUGUUUUUGUAUAAGAGCGAGGAAGGGCUGUUGCGACCCGACGGCAGACUGGCGGGACCGGGAAGGGAGCUUUGCAUGGCUAGACUCUAUGAGGACGAGGGUCGAGUGUUUCUUGGUCAGUGGACAGAGAGCGACAGACUUGAUGAUAAUGAUGAAAGAUAG